UCGUUCCAUAUGCGUCCAAGUGUUUUGGACGAUUAUUAAUUCUUCCUGCUUUGCCACAAAGCGAUCGACUAGAAGUCUAUGCAAUGGAUUACGAUUAUUUGAUAAAGUUCCUAGCUCUGGGUGACUCCGGCGUGGGGAAAAGUAGUUUUUUGUAUCAGUACACCGAUGGGACGUUUAACUCUAGAUUCGUAUCGACAGUGGGCAUUGACUUUAGAGAAAAGAGAGUGGUUUAUCAGAUGACAAAUGGCAGGAGUCAGAGGGUGCAGCUGCAAUUAUGGGAUACAGCUGGUCAAGAACGAUUCAGAAGUUUAACAACAGCAUUUUAUCGGGACUCCAUGGGCUUCCUUUUACUGUUUGAUCUUACCAACGAGCAGUCGUUCCUUGAAGUCAGAAAUUGGCUAGAACAGCUUAAGACUCAUGCUUACUGCGAAGAUCCUGAUAUAAUUCUGUGUGGAAAUAAGUCCGAUCUUGAGGAUAAAAGAGUCGUCAGUGAAUCAAAAGCUCGAGAACUAGCGGAGAAACACGAUCUAGUUUAUUUAGAAACCAGCGCAGCUACUGGACAGAAUGUCGCUCGAGCAAUUUAUGUGCUUUUGGAACGUGUGAUGCGAAGAAUGGAGCUAACCAUUGAAAAGUCUGUGCUACCUCAUCAACGUCGAUUAAAGUGUCACGAACCAGAAGCUCCACCUGACAGAAGGUGCUACUGCUGACAGUAUUUAAAAAUGUUGCCUUCGAUUUAUUCCAAUAAUGUUCAAAAUGGUAUACAUAACUAUUUCCUCGUUCCUUUAAUAUAGUACCUAUAAUUUAUAUUUCAAAUCACUAGUCCAGUUUAAGUCAUGUACACAUAAGGAUACAAAUCUAAGUGCGUCUUCCGAUUUUUCGAACGGAAUCGAUCGUUUUUUCUGUCUGUUGUUUGCACGUAAUGCUCAACAAGGGGAGAACAAAAAGGAAUACCUGAGGAAAAUUAAAAAAAGAAUAUUAAUCUACAUCACUAAUGAAAUCAAAAUGCCAAAUGAAUUAAAUGUGAUUAAACAGCGUAAGAGGAUCUUUGUCUGCAGGGGUAUUAUAUGUACUAUAAGAAGUUUGUACCACGUGUAUUUCAUUGGUACGAUUGUACAUAUCACUAAUAUAUUUUUAUUGGAAAGUUUAUCAGAAGUCGUUUGUAAGGAAGGUUACAUUUUUAGAAAUACGGAUAGAAGGUAGUCCGACGGCUAGAUUUGUUGGAGACGUUAAGUACGUGGAGGCAGGGAAUUUCUGAAAAUAUUUCGCUCCAGCGCACAAUUUAAUCCGAACGCAAAUCUGUGAUGUAGUCACGUGGUUAUAACUCCAUUGAGUCAAAUAUGAUCAAAUGGCAUUGUUAACCCAGGGAAUCAGUAUUCCAGUUAUAUCGUACUUCUGAUAAACUAUUAAUCGUUUUAUAACUAUUGUACUGAACUGUCUUGUCAUACUAUCGCCUUCGGGGUAACCCCCUAAAUCAUGUGUUCGGCAUCGUUACGUCUGUGUAUUUUCAGAUGGUAUUGUUCUUAACUCUAUGUGAUACACAAAGUACCAUGUGUUUGCGAUAUUGAAUCGUACUGCAAAAUAUAUUGUAUUAUCGAUUA